CAUUCCGCAAUUUCCGCCGCCGAAAGGAAAAGUCGACAGACGACGGAAAAGGCUUCGACUCGAUCGGCGGCCGAUGGAGCGCGAGUUGUUUUGAAGCCGCUUCGAGAGCGUCCGCGGACGUCGACGACCCGAGCUUUCCUCGCCCUUUGCCCUUCGCCCCUCGCCGAUGGCUUCGCUGGGCAACUCGGCGGCCGCUUCGUCGAGCGGCGGCAGCAGCCCCAUGGUGGUGCUGGCGCCCAAGACCAAGACGAAAAAGAAGCACUUCGUCCAGCAGAAGGUCAAAGUGUUUCGGGCCAGCGACCCCGUCCUCAGCGUCUUCAUGUGGGGCGUCAAUCACUCGAUUAAUGAUCUGAACCAGGUUCCCGUGCCCGUCAUGUUGCUGCCCGACGACUUCAAGGCCAACACCAAGAUCAAAGUGACCAACCACCUCUUCAACAAAGAAAAUCUUCCCGGCCAUUUUAAAUUCAAGGAGUACUGCCCUCAAGUCUUUCGAAAUCUAAGGGAGCGCUUUGGUAUCGAAGAUCUGGACUAUCAGGUGUCUUUGACCCGCAGCCCCCCGACGAGGAGCGUCAACGACCAGGGGGAGGGGCUGCUCCUCAACUCGUACGACCGCACGCUCAUCGUCAAGCAAAUCUCCGGCGAGGACGUGGCCGACAUGCACAACAUCCUUUCCGAGUAUCACCAGCACAUCGUCAAGUGUCACGGGAGCACCCUGCUGCCUCAGUUCCUGGGAAUGUACCGGGUUACCGUGGACAGCGAAGAGACCUACCUGAUCGUCAUGAGGAACAUGUUCAGCCACCGAAUCGUGGUGCACAGGAAGUACGACCUCAAGGGCUCUCUGGUGGAUCGGGAAGCAAGCGACAAAGAACGAGGGAAGGAGCUUCCCACCUUCAAAGACGUGGACUUCAGGAACAACAUGCAGAAGGUCUACGUCACCGAGGAGCAGAAGGAGAAGUUCAUGGAGAAACUCAAUCGAGAUGUGGAGUUUCUGGUGAAGCUGAAGAUCAUGGACUACAGCCUGCUGCUGGGCAUCCACGACGUGGGCCGCGCCGAGAGGGAGGAAGAGGAAGGCGAAGAGGUUUCCAACGAGGAAGACGCCGAGGCGGAGAACGGCCUGGCCGCCGGCCCGCUCGCCGGGUCCUACGGCACGUCUCCGGAGGGCAUCGCCGGCUACAUGUCGUGCUGCAAACCUCUGGGACCCGGCGAGUUUGACCCCUACGUGGACGUCUACGCCGUGGCCAGCUGCUCCGGCGCCCCCCAGAGGGAGGUCUACUUCAUGGGCCUGAUUGAUGUCCUGACUCAAUACGACACCAAGAAGAAAGCGGCUCACGCGGCCAAGACCGUCAAGCACGGGGCGGGCGCCGAAAUCUCCACCGUACACCCCGAGCAGUACGCCAAACGAUUCCGGGACUUCAUCGCCAACAUUUUUGCCUAAACUAAACGCCGUACCAUCGACCAAAGCCAGCGUGCACGGGCCAUCGUUUGAAUGCGUGGAGAAAGGCUUCUUGCGUUGUGUCCGGACGCUUUGGCGGGCUUCGUAUCGGUUUAUUUAUGUAGAAGAUUCGCUCUCGCUAUCCCGCCGAUGGGAAGAAACGUCCCGCCGGUGUCUUCCUCGUACAUUAAAAGACGAGUUGAUGUUUGAAAAAAGAA